AUGGCUAAUCUCCGCGAUAGGAUCACCAUUAGAGCCUUUUGCGAUCCAUACGAACCAACCAUUUCGCUUCCUACCCCUUCAAUGAAUCCGUAUGCCGGCUCAUACGAUUCAAGCAUCACUUCUUCGUUGGACUCACCUUCAUGGGCCCCAUGUUCGCCCGUCAUUGCGUCGCCAACUUGGCAGCCCUCGUCCCCCUCCCCGCCCGAUCAAAGACUCUACGAGCACACUUCGGCCGUCUACGCCCCUUCUGGACAGAUGUGGCCCGCCAAUAAUGAUUAUUCGUAUGUCGGACCCGAGGACCAGUCCGCGAUGCUUCAACGUCCCAUCACUCCAGCGAAGCGAGUCCGAUCGACUCCAGAAAGCUCGCCUGCUUGGGUAAGAUCGACCUAUAGAGAGCGAAAUCAAAGCCCAUGUCCUACCCGAGCCACCCAGGAUGCCAGUCUUGUCUAUGGAAACGCCGACCUCACCGAGAAAUCGAAAAAGACAGCCGCGCCGCCGUUGGCAAAAUCAUUCUCAGGAUACCAGCUCGCAAACCGGUUGAAACCUGCUCGAAAAGGAGAAAGACGGACAAUAAGAGCGUCCAGACCGACAGUCUUCGACGAUCAAAGCGAUUGA